GACGCAUGCGCAUGUUCCAGUCGUCCUGUUGAAGUCACGUGGUGUCAGUCGGGAGAUCUCCAUGGGAGUAGGGUGGGAAAUUGAUUAAAAGGAUCAUAAACAUGCCCGCAGUCUUGCUUGUGCACGGCGGAGCAUGGGCCAUACCGGAGGAGCUGGCCAAGGCUUCUGUUGACGGCGUGAAAAGUGCAGCGUGUGAGGGCUUCUCUGUGCUGAGACGUGGAGGAAGUGCACUGGAUGCUGUUGAGGCUGCCGUGAGGGCUUUGGAAGACAACCCAGAUUUUAAUGCUGGGCAUGGAGCAACACUAAAUAUUGAUGGAGAAGUAGAGCUGGAUGCCAUCAUCAUGGAUGGAAGGACUCUAGCUUGCGGUGCAGUGUCAUCAGUCAAGAACAUCGCCAAUCCCGUGUCACUGGCAAGAGCAGUGAUGGAGAAGACGUCCCAUGUCAUGCUGACAGGCCGAGGUGGUAACCUUUUUGCAGAGAGCAUUGGUGUCGGCUCCGUUCCCUCAGAUUCCCUGGUUUCUGAUCAUGAACGAACAGAGUGGAGUAAGAUGGAUAAUUAUGACGCUGAAGUGCUGACAGAUUUCAACUCUAAGUGGGCUCAUGAUACUGUGGGGGCUGUAGCUGUGGACUCGGCUGGUAAUGUUGCUUGUGCAACAUCAACUGGAGGCAUCAGGAACAAAAUGGUCGGCAGAGUUGGAGACUCUCCCAUUGUUGGCUGUGGGGGGUAUGCAGACAACUCAAGUGGUGCAGUAUCAUGUACGGGCCACGGAGAAUCGAUUCUGAAAGUGACACUGGCCCGACUCAUCCUUUCUCACAUUGAACAAGGUAAGUCAGUAGCCGACGCCUCCCAGUUGUCUCUGCAGCAUAUGAGUGACCGUGUCCGCGGAGCAGGAGGUGCAGUCGUUGUUUCCCCAUCAGGACAAUGGGCCGCCACCUUCACCACCAAGCGAAUGGCUUGGGCUGCUGUGGAACAGGAUGUGCUGUGGUUUGGAUUAGACCCAAAUGAGAGAUUAAAGGAGAAACUGUCCCAGUAACAUUUUAUUUUUAAAUCAUUUUUCAGAUUCAGGGAUUCGAUUGAUAUUAUUUUUUUCCGAUUAAUGCUAAUAACACAAUUAGAGUCAAAUUAUCUGUUUUUUAAAACCCGGACAUUCACCUUAGUUUAACAGACACAGGAACAAGUCAUUUUGUUUGAUAUGGUCAUUUCUCCUUUUGUCUGAAUGUGAAUGAGUGAUACUAGUUAUUUCGAGCGGUUUACAAAUACAUUUCCCAGUCACUCCAUGCAUAUACAGUGUAAUGCAAUCUGUAAUGAGUGUUAAUUACAUUUAAUUAAGGACCAUAAGGCAUUAAAAUUUCAUAUCGAGUAUGAAAUCCAUCUUAUGGACACAGGGUUAUUUAAAUCAGAAGAUUGGAUCUUUUUAUUGCAGGGACUUUAAAUAACACUUUGUAUUAACUGAGAGACAAGAGAAGAGAGAGAGACCUUCAAACGUUUAAGAUAAUUUAUUACUAAAAUAAUUGUAAACAAUUUAACAAGACUAACUCUCUAAUGAUGGAUGCUCUGUUUGAAUGAAGUGUGAGAUGGUUGGUGUGUGUGAAUGAGUGUUAUUCAGAACCCUCGUAUCCGGAGAAACAAAGUCUGAGUGGGAGAAGAUGUUUUGCUCCUAACUGAUCAGAGUUUGAGGCUCGUAGUCAUAAACACAUGAGACGCCAUUUAUGUCGCAUCCACAUACCCUCAGUGAGACCUCCGUACAGAUCUGGAUGCCAGGUCCACAGACCCUCCUCUGGUACUGGAGCCGAUGAAGCAGCGUCGACAGUACGACGAACCAGUCUCUGUAUAGUCUCCAGGUAAAAGCGACAGGUGUUUCACAGCGUCAAAAGGGGACCCUCCUUGGGUCAGCGAGUUCAGCUUUUAUUCUGAAAGGUACCGUUGCUUGGUUCACAAAACAACAGAUUUUUCCCAGCUUGAUGGUUUUCAGCUUAAAAAGAGAAGUACAGAAUGGCCGGUCCAAUACUUCACCUAACAUGAGGUGAACUUCAUGGGAUCGAGAACUGAUCUUAAGAACUGAACUUGAGAUGGCGUUGGAACUGUUUUAUUAAUCUGGAUGUUUUUGAUUCUGGACGAAUCAAAGCUGACAGAUUUAUAAACACCACAGAGACUCUGCCACGCUUCAGACUAGGAAGGUUCUGAUUGGAUCAGUACAGCAAUGUGUCAUGUGAUUGUUUUCCUUACGUGUGUCAGUGUGUCUCGUGAACUAGAUUAAGUCAUAUUACUUAUAAAAACAUAAUUAUCAUAACAUUGUGAUUUCACAGAUUGGUCACAUUGUAUUAUUGACUAACAGUUGUUUUGAUUAGCUUUAUUGAAAAUAGAGUUCUUUGAUUUAAUAAAAGAAAAGAGUCUCUUCA